AUGUUAAGUUUUCUUUUUCUUUCAGAUAUAACAAUUUUCUUUUCUUUCAGAUAUAACAAGUUAAGUUUUUCUUUUUCUUUCUAUAACAAGUUAAGUUUUCUUUUCUUUUUCACUUAUAACAAGUUAAGUUUUCUUUUUUCUUUCAGGUAUAACAAGUUAAGUUUUUCUUUCUUUCACAUAAACAAAUAUAACAAGUUAAAAGUUUUCUUUUCUUUCACAUAUAACAAGUUAAGUUUUCUUUUUUCUUUUAACAAGUAUAACAAGUUUUUUUUUUCUUUCCAAAAACAAGUUUUUUUUUUUUCUUUCAGGUAUAACAAGUUAAAGUUUUCUUUUUCUUUCAGAUAUAACAAGUUAAGUUUUUUUUUUUCUUUUCUUUCAUAUAACAAGUUAAGUUUUCUUUUUCUUUCAGGUAUAACAAGUAAGUUUUCUUUUUUCUUUCCAGAUAUAACAAAUAAAAGUUUUCUUUUUCUUUCACAUAUAACAAAUUUUAAGUUUUUCUUUUUCAGGUAUAACAAGUUAAAGUUUUCUUUUUUCUUUCAUAUAACAAGGUUUUCUUUUCUUUCAUAUAACAAGUAUAACAAGUUAAGUUUUCUUUUUCUUUCACAUAUAACAAGUAAAGUUUUCUUUUUUUCUUUCAGGUAUAACAAGUUAAGUUUUCUUUUUUUUUCCAGAUAUAACAAGUUAAGUUUUCUUUUUCUUUCAAAUAUAACAAUUUUCUUUUCUUUCACAUAUAACAAGUUAAGUUUUCUUUUUCUUUCAUUUAUAACAAGUUUUUCUUUUUCUUUCAGGUAUAACAAGUUAAGUUUUCUUUUUCCUUCAGGUAUAAACAAGUUAAGUUUUCUUUUUCUUUUCAGGUAUAACAAGUUAAGUUUUCUUUUUUUUUUCAGUAUAAGUUUCUUUUUUUCAGAUAUAACAAGUAAAGUUUCUUUUUCUUUCAGAUAUAACAAGUUUUUUUCUUUUCUUUUUAUAACAAGUUCAAAGUUUUCUUUUUCUUUCAGGUAUAACAAGUUAAGUUUUCUUUUUUUUUCACAUAUAACAAGUAUAACAAGUAAAGUUUUCUUUUUUCUUUCAGGUAACAAGUUAAGUUUUUCUUUUUCUUUCAGGUAUAACAAGUUAAGUUUUCUUUUCUUUCAGUUUUCUUUUUCUUUCAGGUAUAACAAGUUAAGUUUUCUUUUCUUUUAUAACAAGUUAAGUUUUCUUUUCUUUCAGUUUUCUUUUUCUUUCAAUAACAAGUUAAGUUUUCUUUUUUUCUUUCAUAUAACAAGUAAAGUUUUCUUUUUUCUUUCAGUAAGUUUUCUUUUUUCUUUCAGGUAUAACAAGUUAAGUUUCUUUUUCUUUUAUAACAAGUUAAGUUUUUCUUUUUCUCUCAGGUAUAACAAGUUAAGUUUUCUUUUUUCUUUCAGGUAUAACAAGUUAAGUUUUCUUUUUUUUUCAUAUAACAAGUUAAGUUUUCUUUUUCUUUCACAUAUAACAAUGUAUAACAAGUUAAGUUUUCUUUUUCUUUCAUAUAACAAGUUAAGUUUUCUUUUUCUUUCAGAUAUAACAAGUAAAGUUUUCUUUUCUUUCAGAUAUAACAAGUUAAGUUUUCUUUUUUUCUUUCAAGAUAUAACAAAUAUAACAAGUUUUUUCUUUUCUUUCACAUAUAACAAGUUAAGUUUUCUUUUUCUUUCCAAGUAUAACAAAUUAAGUUUUCUUUUUCUUUCACAUAUAACAAAAGUAAAGUUUUUCUUUUUCUUUCAGUUUUCUUUUUCUUUCACAUAUAACAAGUUAAGUUUUCUUUUUCUUUCAGGUAUAACAAGUAAAGUUUUCUUUUUCUUUCAGUUUUCUUUUUCUUUCAGGUAUAACAAGUUAAGUUUUCUUUUUUCUUCACAUAUAACAAGUAAAGUUUUUCUUUUUUUCAGGUAUAACAAGUUAAGUUUUCUUUUUUCUUUCAGGUAUAACAAGUUAAGUUUUCUUUUUUCAGGUUUCUUUUCUUUCACAUAUAACAAGUUAAGUUUUCUUUUUCUUUCAGGUAUAACAAGUAAAGUUUUCUUUUUUCUUUCAGGUAUAACAAGUAAAAUUUCUUUUUCUUUCAUAUAUAACAAGUUAAGUUUUCUUUUUCUUUCACAUAUAACAAGUAAACAUAUAACAAGUAAAGUUUUCUUUUUCUUUCAGUUUUUUUUUUCUUUCAGAUAUAACAAGUUAAGUUUCUUUUUCUUUCAGAAUAAGUUCUUUUCUUUUUCUUUUUCAGUUUUUCUUUUUUUCACAUAUAACAAGUUAAGUUUUCUUUUUUCUUUCACAUAUAACAAGUUAAGUUUUCUUUUUCUUUCCAGGUAUAACAAGUUUUCUUUUUCUUUCAGGUAUAACAAGUUAAGUUUUCUUUUUCUUUCACAUAUAACAAGUAUAAUAAGUAAUGUUUCUUUUUCUUUCUUUCUGGUAUUUAGGAUUUUUUUUCUUUCACAUAUAACAAACCAAAGUAUAACAAGUAAAGUUUUUCUUUUUCUUUCCAGGUAUAACAAGUUAAGUUUUCUUUUUCUUUCAGAUAUAACAAGAGUUUUUUCUUUUUUUCUCUCGAAUAUAACAGUAAGUUUUCUUUUUUUUUCUUUCAGGUAUAACAAGUUAAGUUUUCUUUUCUUUCAGGUACCAACAAUUUUCUUUUUUCUUUCACAUAUAACAAGUAUUUUUCUUUUCUUUUUCAGGUAUAACAAGUUGUUUUUCUUUUCUUUCAGGUAUAACAAGUUAAGUUUUCUUUUUCUUUCAGACCAUAACAAGUUGGUUUUUCUUUCUUUCAGGUAUAACAAGUUAAGUUUUUCUUUUUCUUUCCGUGUUUUCUUUUUCUUUCAUAUAACUGCAGUAAGUUUUGCUUUUUUCUUUCCAGGUAUAACAAGUAAAGGAUUUUUCUUUUUCUUUCAGAUAUAA